AUGGCUGACCAACAAGAUUGGGAGACCAUGUUCAAGGACAACAAGUUCGUCAGAAACUAUAAGACCGGCGAACAUAUCACCGGCAAGUUCGCGCUCUCCCUUUUGGACCAAAGCGGCCUCGUCACAAAGGCAAACAAUAACCCAAGCGAACCUCUGGUCGUGCUGGACAAUGCUUGUGGAACUGGUAUCGUCUCCAGCAUCCUGCACAACAAGCUUGAUACCGCCGUAAAGGCCAACUGGAAAUUGACCUGCGGUGAUAUAUCUCCGGGCAUGGUUGAAUAUACUCGGGGCCGGAUGGCCAGCGAGAGCUGGCAGAAUGCCGAGGUCAAGACUGUAGAUGCACAGGACACGAAACUUCCUUCGGAUCACUUUACACAUGUGGUGACUGCAUUUGCUUACAUGGCUGUUCCAAAGUCCCUCGAUGCUCUUGACGACACGACACGUAUCUUGCAACCCGGAGGCACUAUUGCCUUUUCCACAUGGCUAAAGCCUGGCUGGGUCACUAUCGUUGAAAAAGCAGUCAAGACCAUCCCCGAAAACCCUCCAUUUCCAACCACACAAGAGUUCCUUGAGAAACUGGGUGAUGGUGAAUGGUACUCAACAUCCUGGAUCGAGACUCAACUUCAGCAACGAGGAUUUGGCGACAUUGACGUGAGAACUGAAUCCAAGGCUCUCCCUCUCAAGGUGCCCGAAUUUGUGGAAAUGACGAUGAUCAUGUUUCCUAUGAUCGCCAAGAAGUGGUGGACUGAGCAGCAGAGGGAGGAACUUCUUGACAAGGUUCGUCCGGCAUUAGUGAAAUACUUGACGGAUGUCUAUGGAGAGGAAGGGGAUAUUCAUAUGGAAUGGACGGCGAUUCUCUCAACUGCACGCAAGGCAAGCCAGAAAUAG